AAGGCUUUGCCAGCGCUUGGGAAUGCAUCAGUGAUCAGUUAGCCGAGUUAGGAGCGAGUCAGUCGAACCGAACCCAACCGAACCCCAAAAUCAGCAGCAACAUGAAAACAGUGAUCUUCGUGCUGGCCGCCAUCGUGGCUGUCAAUGCCCAGAGUACGUGCGACAGAACGCCAGAGUACGCGCAGAAGAUCGAGCCUGUCAGCUGCCCGACGGCCGGGAUUAAGCUGCCCAACUACGCCAAUGCCUCGACCUACUACCAGUGCAACACAGCGGGCAGCAAUGGCACGCUGACGCCCUGUCUCAGCGGUAACUUCUUCAGCUACGUGAAGCAGAACUGCGCACCCUGCGACUCGUAUCUGCCCUCCGCACAGUGCUCUACACUGCCCUUCAAGCCCACAUGCGUGGACAUUGGGUCCACCACACCGGAGGGGACCACUGCCGCACCGCCGACCACCAAUACUGCAACUACCUCCGGUGUGACCAAUACUACGGCCACAGUAACAGCUACGACAGGAUCAACAACAGUAACAACUGCGGCACCCACCACCAGCAAAAGCACCACCUCAGCUAUUCCAGAGCCACCCACUGAGGCACCCAGCAGCACAACCCAGGCCGGCGAUUCACCUGCAGGCAGCACCGUUUUCGUUCCCCAGCCUCCCUCCCCCGGUGAGAGCAAUGUGCCCAGUCCGGUUACGCCCGUGCCCACUGCCCCGAACAUCGAAGUCACUCCCCCAACCAUCACCGAAGCCCCAACAGGCCGCAAGUAAAUCAAACGUAAAUCAGUUCAGUACAUCCGCAUCUCUGCAUGCAUAGUACAGAUAUACAG